AUGAAGUUUAUCCUCCUUUGGGCUCUCUUGAAUCUGACUGUUGCUUUGGCUUUUAAUCCAGAUUACACAGUCAGUUCCACUCCUCCCUACUUGGUCUACUUGAAAUCUGACUACUUGCCCUGCGCUGGAGUCCUGAUCCACCCACUUUGGGUGAUCACAGCUGCACACUGCAAUUUACCAAAGCUUCGGGUGAUACUGGGGGUUACAAUCCCAGCAGACUCCAGUGAAAACCAUCUGCAAGUGAUUGGCUAUGAGAAGAUGAUUCAUCACCCACGCUUCUCAAUCACGUCUAUCGAUCAUGACCUCAUGCUCAUCAAGCUGAAAACAGAGGCUGAACUCAACGACUAUGUGAAACUAGCCAACCUGCCCUACCAAACUAUCUCUGAGAAUACCAUGUGCUCUGUCUCCACCUGGAGCUACAACGUGUGUGACAUCUACAAGGAACCUGAUUCACUGCAAACUGUGAACAUCUCUGUAAUCUCCAAGCCUCAGUGCUGCGAUGCCUAUCAAACCUACAACAUCAGGGAAAAUAUGCUGUGUGUGGGCAUCGUGCCAGGAAGGAGGCAGCCCUGCAAGGAAGUUUCUGCUGCCCCGGCAAUCUGCAAUGGGAUGCUUCAAGGAAUCCUGUCUUUUGCGGAUGGAUGUGUUUUGAGAGCCGAUGUUGGCAUCUAUGCCAAAAUUUUUUACUAUGUACCCUGGAUUGAAAAUGUAAUCCAAAAUAACUGAGCUCCUGCGGCAGUUGUGGACCAUGUGACACGGCUUGUCCCCCUCGUUCAGCUUUAGAACUGAAUAUAAAUUAAUUCCUUACAUU